GGCCCUGGCUGGCUCAAUCCUGUUUGACUGACUUCCUCGUCUCAGCGCGCUCACUGCUCUCUCUCACCGUCUCCACACCCGAUUCCCGCCCGCAGCGACACCCGAUUCCCGCCCGCGCUCCGCCUGAGCUUAUGGCCAGAGAAGCCGCCGCCAUUUCUGCUUUGGGUUACCACACCACUCUUUAAAAAUUCCGCCUAAAAAGAGAAGACGAUUCCCCAAAUCCUUUGGGCCGUUAACUCACGGCGGAUUUUCUUUCAAGGCAUACAACUAUCCAACAGGACUAGGAAAAGCACUCUAUAGAGAGCAGUUUGACUUCAACGCGGAGCCGCCUUGGCAGCCUAGCUGAUGAUAGGAGGUUCCAUCUCCUAACUUGCCCAUUUUGUUGCAUAUUUAGGACCCAAAAAAAUCGUUGACCCCCUUAUUUGGCAUUUCUUGGUUUAUGAUUGUUGGCUUUGCGGAAUACGGCUGAGAUGAAAGGAUUUAUUGAAGAUGCGAAUUACUCCAUUUGCCUACUGGAUGACACGGCAACACCUAGAGAUGCCAUUGAUAAUUACAUCACGGAGCAUACCCUGACAGGAAAAAAUGCUUUCUUUGUCGCUGACCUUGGAAAGAUUGUCAAGAAACACAUUGAAUGGCAAAACACCAUGGGGCGUAUUAAGCCAUUUUACACUGUUAGGUGUAACUCUUCUCCAGCUGUGCUUGAAAUCUUAUCAGCUCUUGGAAUUGGAUUUUCAUGUGCCAAUAAAAAUGAAAUGACGUUGGUGUAUGACUUGGGCAUCUCUAUGGAUAAUGUUGUUUAUGCUAAUCCUUGCAAGCAAGCUUCUCAGAUCAAGCAUGCGGCUAAAAUAGGAGUAACCAUGAUGACAUGUGAUAAUGAAACAGAAUUAAAGAAAAUUGCACGAAACCAUCCUUAUGCGAAGCUCUUACUUCAUAUUGCAACUGAAGGCAUCAGUGAAGAUGAAGAGAUGAAUAUGAUGAUUGGCUCCACGCUGAAGAACUGCAGACAUCUCUUGGAGUGUGCUAAGGAACUUAAUGUUCAAGUCGUUGGAGUGAAAUUUCAUGUUUCAAGCUCUUCCAAGGACCCACAAGCAUACAUGCAUGCUUUAUCUGAUGCCAGAUGUGUGUAUGAUAUGGCGGAAGAACUUGGCUUUAGAAUGAACAUACUGGACAUUGGUGGAGGAUUUUCAGGUGGUGAAUUCCAGUUGGAAGAGCGUUAUCGUAUUAUCAGCCCUCUGCUGGAUGCAUACUUUCCUGAGGAAGCUGGGGUUAGAGUCAUUGCAGAGCCUGGAAGCUACUAUGUUUCAUCUGCAUUUACAUUAGCAGUUAACAUCAUUGCAAAGAAAGUAGUUGAAUAUGAUCAUCUUUCUUCUGGAGGCAAGCAAACAAGCAAUCACCCAGCUUUUAUAUAUUGCAUGAAUGAUGGGGUCUAUGGUUCUUUUGCAAGUAAAUUGUCAGACAACUUACAUACUGCUCCCACAGUGCACAAGAAACACAAACAAGAUGAGCCACUUUUUACUAGCAGCCUCUUGGGUCCAUCUUAUGACGAGCUUGAUGUAAUUGUGGAUCAUUGUCUUCUGCCCGAACUGAAUGUUGGAGACUGGAUAGUGUUUGAAAAUAUGGGAUCUGGUACUCUGAAUGAGCAAUCUGUAUUUACAGACUUUGGAAAGCCUUCCUUAUAUAACUUUAUGUCCUUCAAUGACUGGUAUGAAAUUCAGGAUGCAGGGAUUACAUCUGAAACCUUGAUGAAAAGCCUCUGUGUGCCUUGUUUUCAGUUUGGCGAAGACCACUUCUCCACAGCAGCUUAAAUUACAUUGCUCAUUUUUAGACCUACAGGUACAAGUCUUUAGCUUGCCUGGUCAACAUUCCGAAGAAAAACAAAAGGAUCUUGAGUUUAACCUCCUAUCAAAACUUGAAAUUCAGUGAAAGCUAUUUGGGACCAGGCAGAAACAGCUAAAAUAAAUAAUUCACUGGGGCGAGCAUUUGACAUUGUGUCCACAUUUUAAACAUGCCAGCUUUACCAUUCUCUGAGCAGUUCAAAUAAAAUAUGCAACAAAAUGGGUGACUUAGUUGAGAUGGAAGCCAUGACCUUGGGUUCCUUGUAACAGUUUACAUAAGUACAGUUUUUAUACUAAGGAUUCCUGUUAGUCUUGUAAAUUUAUUGUCUCCUCCAGUAUAAUGUCUGUGCAAAUAGAAGUGGAACUUAGUUUGUUUAGUGUCCAUAGGAUGUGUAAAUUUGUGCUUUGACCAGUAGUUUAAUAAAUGUAAAUUGCAUCGUA